AUGUCAAAUAAAAGAAGACGCUGUUUCACUAUUGUUGAAAAAGUGAAAAUAAUUGAACGUUUAGAAAGUGGUGUUUCUAAUAAAGAUAUUUGCCAAGAGCUAGGAAUCAGUCAAUCAACACUAUCUAUCAUAUGGAAAUCAAAAUACCAAAUAAAAAGCGUUUUUCAGACUUUAAUUAAAGAUUAUAAUGUAGCCAACAUCAAGACGUCGAUCAGGCUCUCUUGGAAUGAAAAAGCGACCGAAUUCGGGAAACGUUUUAAUAAAUUUGAUUUUCAAUGUUCUUCUUCUUGGAUUACCCGUUUUCGUCAAAGACACAAUAUCGUUUUUGGAAAAAUAAGUGGAGAAUCGUCAAGCGUUCCUGUUGGUGUUUCGGAAAAUUGGCUGGAACACGUUUGGCCUAAUUUGCGUAAAAAUUAUACAGAUUGUGACAUUUAUAACGCUGAUGAAACUGGAUUGUUUUAUCGUCUAACACCGUCUCAAACAUUACGUUUUAAAGGGGAAACAUGCAGUGAUGUAAUUGGAAAAUCUAAGACUCCGAGAUGUUUUAAAAAUGUCAAAAACUUGACAGUCGACUACAAAAGCAAUAAAAAAGCAUGGAUGACCGGAGACAUAUUUUCCGGCUGGUUAAAAGAAUGGGAUAAACAACUAGCAAAGGAAAAACGACAUAUCCUAUUGACUAUAGAUAAUUGUCCGGCUCAUCCUCCUGUUCAAUUUGAAUUUAUAAAGUUGGUUUUACUCCCUCCAAACACGACCUCUGUGUUACAACCUAUGGAUCAAGUAUUAGAUGCAAUUUUAAUGAUCUCCGAUGCAUGGAAUGAUUUUUCUACCACUACAAUAAGAAACUGUUUCCACCACGCUGGAUUCAAGGCUUCGGUAAACGACAAAACAGAAAUAGUAAUUGAAAAUAAUUUGGACACAGAGUGCUUCUCUGAAGAAAGCAUACAAAGUUUUGCAGAGGUUGAUGAUGCUCUUUUGACCAACAAAGAACCCAAUAAAGAAGAAAUUGUCAAGUCAAUUUUGAAUGCAAAUAAUGAUGAAAGUAAUGAACAAGCAGACGAAGAGAGCGAAGAAAUCGUAUUCAAAGUACCAUCUAUUUCGGAAAUGUAUUUUUAUAUUGAUCAGAAUUUAACCAAUAUAAGUCAGCAUUCUAAUGAGGUACCAAUCGAAGACUACAUUGAAGAUAACGACGAAGAUCAAGGUUCACAGGAUGCAAUUGAGCAAUUAGAUAGAAUUACUCAAAGUGCAUCUACAGAAAAAGCCUAUGAUCAGUUCGGGAAACAUGUUGCGUACUAG